UACGCUUCUCUAUCGACCGCUUACCAUUCUUAUCUUCACUCUCAUCCUCUAAUCCCAUUCCUUUUGUUGUCUUAUUCCCCAUACAUAAGACUCGAUUCUCUUUCUUAUCCACCCCAUUCUCCCUCUCUUUUCUUCUCCGUGACCCUCCAUUCACCGCUGUGUCCAAUCGAUCGUUCCUUAAACCUCAAUCUUUACUCGAUUGGACCGAGGGUUUUCCAUCUUCUUCUUCUUCUUCUUUUCUCUUCUGUGGUUUCUGGGUUUUCGUUAUAUCUACGAAAAGGUUGAAGAAUUCGAGUGUUUCUUUUUAUCUUCUUCUAAUGGCGUUGGUUGGAGCUUUGUUGAAGAUCUUACAAGGACCUAAUCUAUGGAAUGUGUUACCAGAUCUUAUGGUGUUUAUGUUACCUCUUUGGAUUGCGGUUCUUUUUGGGGUUUUGGUUGGGUGGGUAUGGCGACCCAGAUGGGCUAAUUCCGCCAUUAACAAUCUAACAACCACUUAUCUUCCUCCAAAGAGUUACUCUUCUAUUGACAUCGUUUCUUCAAUCCCUACUUUCAAUUCAUUGAAAUCUCAACUCCCCAGUUACUUUUUUCCCUUUUCUGAUAUGGGGACUCUGGAGGUUGCUUCAUCCGGGCCAUCUUCAAUCUCAUUUCCAGAUUCCAGUUUGUCAAAAUUGGAUAACGAAAGAAAGAAUUUUGUGGGAGAAGAUGAUUUGAAGCAUAUAUCCAAACUUGUGGAAGAGAAAGAUGGAGGUCUUUCUUGGAUUGGGAUGAUGGACAGAUCAACCUCAAAUAUGAGCUAUCAAGCAUGGAGGAGAGAUCCUGAGAUUGGACCUCCACAAUAUCGUUCACGAACUGUCUAUGAAGAUACCACUCCUGAAUUGAUGAGGGAUUUCUUUUGGGAUGAUGAAUUUCGGUUGAAGUGGGAUGAUAUGCUACUAGAAGCUGAAACAUUGGAGGAAUGCCCGAAUAAUGGAACUAUGGUGGUUAAGUGGGUUCGUAAGUUCCCAUUUUUUUGUAGCGACAGAGAAUACAUAAUUGGCCGGAGAAUCUGGGAGUCGGGGAAAACCUAUUACUGUGUUACAAAGGGAAUACAAUACCCCUCUGUGCCACGACGCACUAAACCAAGACGUGUUGACUUGUACUAUUCAAGUUGGUCCAUUCGUGCAGUUGAAUCAAGGAAAGGGGAUGGGGAAAUGAGUGCAUGUGAAGUAUUGCUCUUCCAUCAUGAAGACAUGGGGAUUCCGUGGGAAAUCGCAAAGCUUGGUGUCCGCCAAGGCAUGUGGGGGGCCGUGAAGAAGAUAGAUCGCGGUUUGCGAUGGUAUCAGAAACACAUGGCAUCAGGAGCACCACUCUCUCAUUGUGCUUACAUGGCUCAUAUCAAUUCAAAAGUUAGCUCCGAACGUCUUAGAUACUUGCAGAACACAACAAACGAUUCACAAGAAAUCGAAACCUGUGAAGCAGCUUCUGAUGACGAGAAGCCAUCCGGGAAGAACAUUCCGAAGCUUUUGGUGGUAGGGGGAGCCAUUGCACUUGCUUGCACCAUUGAUAGGGGGUUGUUGACAAAAGCUGUUAUAUUUGGAGUUGCUAGAAGAUUUGCAAAGAUGGGAAGGAAAUUGUGAAGGGAUUUUUGCAGAGGUCAACUCCUCUUUCAGAUUUCAGAUAUAAUUGUAUUUUGUUUUAGAUCAUUCAUCUUUUCUCAGAGUCGUUGCAGCUUAUAAUCAUGAUGAGAAAGUAUGAUAGUUAUGUAUUUAUUUGAAAUUAUCAUUCUGAUGCUGCUCAAAUAACUGGAAAAUUCAUUUUUCUCGACUCAA